GGAAGAGUUUGAAAGUUCAGGUCAGAGUCAGAAUAUUAGAGCAGGGAGCUGUGCGUAUAUCACCUACUACAAUUUCUUCAUUUUAUAAAUUUUAUAAAUGAGGAGGUAGACCUAGCAAAUUUAUAUGACAUAGCCCAGUUUGUGUUAGAGCAAGGCUAAGAACUAGGCUCAUGACUGGAGAGGAAAGGGCACCUAAACAUUGUGGUAUUUCCCAGCUCCUAGUCCAGUACCUGACACAUAGUAGAUGCUUCAUAAACAUUGGUCACAGGACUCACCAGUUGACUGACUUGACUGAAUGAAUGCACAAGUGAUACAUUUCUACCUUGUGUUCCCGAUAAAUACCGAUCAUUUCAGAGGACUGUGUAUUUUCACCAGAGAUAGUAGAGGGUUCACUCUGCUUGCCAAGAGACACUUGAGGAAGUAACAUGUUUCUUCCUCUGAGUAUUGCUUCCUCUUUGAUGAUGUGGACGGGAUAAAUGUCAGAGUCCUCACAGGAUGUGUGUGGUCUAGCAUGAGAGAGAACUGGGGUUUCCUUUGCUAUGUUAUAGACUUGACUAUUAAUAGAGGCGUGAUUGGUAGUCAUAGUCCCGUGUCCUGGGCCUGAAGUCAGGAAAGUGGCCACUACUCCUGUGAGUGAGGAGGAGAGACAGUUCCAGGAAGUACCCAGUUCAAUUGGAGAAUUACAACGGCACCUUAAACAGAGCCAUUCUUUGACUUUUCUUCUUUAGAACCCAUGUUUUCACAUCUUUCCUUUGACUGUGUCCUGCUCUUGCUGCUACUGCUUACAAGGUCUUUGGAAGGGGUAUACGUGUCUGAGGUGGGUCAGAAUGCUGACCUGCCCUGCACCUACUCUCCAGCCACCCCUGAGAAUCUUGUGCCUGUGUGCUGGGGCAAGGGAUUCUGCCCUGUGUUUGAAUGUCACAGUUUGGUGCUCAGCACUGAUGGAAGGCACUUGAUCCAUCGGACAUCUAGCAGAUACCUACUAAAGAGGAAUUUCCUCAAAGGAGACGUGACCUUGACCAUAGAGAAUGUGACUUUAGCUGACAGUGGAACUUAUUGCUGCCGGAUCCAAUACCCAGGCAUAUUCAAUGAUCAAAAAUCAAACCUGGAGUUGGUCAUCAAACCAGCCAAAGUCACCGCUGCUUGGACUCCAUGGAGGGACAUCACUACAGCCUUUCCAAGGAUGUUCACCACCGAGGGACCUGGCUCAGAGACACAGACACUGGAGACCCUUCGUGAUAAAAAUCAAACAGAAAUAUUCAUACUGGCUAAUGAGUUACAAGACAUUGGCGCCACCACCAGAAUAGGCCUCCACUUCACAGCAGGGAUGUCUGCUGGGCUGGCUGGGCUGACUUUUGUUCUUAUCUCUGGUGCUGUAAUUCUCAAAUGGUAUUUUGAUAAAAAAGAGAAGAUACAAAAUUCAAGCCUCAUCACUUUGGCCAACCUCGCUCGCUCGGGGUUAGCAAAUACAGCAGCAGAGGGGAUGCAUGCAGAGGAAAACAUCUAUGUCAUUGAGGAGAACGCGUAUGAAAUGGAGGAUCCAUAUGAGCAUUACUGCUCCGUCAGCAGUGGGCAGCAAUCCUGACGCCUCUGGGCUGUCGCCUUUCAACGCCCCCAGAUUCAACCACUUCAUUUUGGGGCUUGGUGUUGUCUUCUUUGAAAACUAUGAGAUGGCUCAGCUGAUUGGUUUUAGAGGUUCUGUCCUUGGCCACCGAGCAGAGUUUUUCCAUGUUCUAAAGAUAACUAGCUCACCCAAGGAUUGAACUGGGACCUGCAUUAUACUUAGACAGGCACAACAUUACCUCUGUGUUCCAGCCACCCAACUCAGAGACUGCUAAUCAGGGCAUUAGAGCUCAAUGGGCUGUUAUAGAGAGUAGGAAUUCUUAACAUGGGGUCUCUGGAAUUCCAGAUAUUGUUACAUGGUGUGUCCAUGAAGCUUCUGAAAAUACAGGGGAAAUUAUGUACUGA